GACAGACUGCCGAGCGCGCCGGGCCUCCCGCUUCCCCGCGCCUCGCUCGGCCUCGCCGCGUUCCGUGAUCGAACCUUUAGCAAACCCCGAGUCAAAGACCGUCGCGAGUGCAUUAUGACACUAGUGAGCUAGCGGGCCGCUGUGACGGUGUCAAAUAAUUAAUGUGUAUGUGUGCACGUGCAAGUGUGGUGUGUUAGGUUGGGCCCGUGACGAAAAACGUUCGUGGUGGCCAGCGGAGCUUUGCACCCGGGCUCGGGCCGAGCUUUCAUGGCUCAGCCUAGGUACGACGAGAGCCUUCACGGCGGAGGCUAUAUGGAGGGCGGCGCAAUGUACCACGAGCACCGGCUCGCGCACCCGCACAUCCCUCCCGUGCACUACCCGCCGCCAGCGGCGCCCGCGCACGCGCUGCCCGGCGAGCCGCUCGUCCACAAGCGCGACAAAGACGCUAUAUACGGGCAUCCCCUCUUUCCCCUCCUGGCUCUGAUCUUCGAGAAGUGCGAGCUGGCGACGUGCACCCCCCGCGACCCUGGCGUUGCGGGGGGCGACGUCUGCUCCUCCGAGUCCUUUAACGAGGACAUCGCGGUAUUCAGUAAACAGAUACGUCAAGAAAAACCUUACUAUAUAGCGGACCCCGAGGUCGAUUCAUUAAUGGUGCAAGCAAUACAAGUGCUACGGUUUCACCUAUUAGAAUUAGAAAAAGUACACGAGCUGUGCGACAAUUUCUGCCACCGCUACAUCAGCUGCCUGAAGGGCAAGAUGCCCAUCGACCUGGUGAUUGACGAGCGGGAGACGGCGCGGCCCCCGGACACCAACGGCGAGCCCCGUUCCGCGCCGGACAGUAGCCACGACGGCGCCUCCACCCCCGACGUCAGACCGCCGUCGUCGUCGCUGUCGUACGGCGGCGCGGUGAACGACGACGUGCGCUCGCCCGGCUCCGGCGGCACCCCCGGCCCCCUCAGCCAGCCCCCGCCGCAGACCCUCGAUGCGACUGAUCCAGAUGCCAUGGGCAAAUGGUGUCCGUCGCGACGCGAAUGGUCGUCGCCGCCGGACGUUGCGCGGCGGGUCUACUCCUCCGUGUUUCUGGGCAGCCCUGGUGAGUACCCAGGCGAUGCAAGCAAUGCGAGUAUCGGUUCAGGCGAAGGUACGGGCGAGGAGGACGAUGACACGAAUGGCAAGAAGAACCAGAAGAAACGCGGUAUCUUCCCCAAAGUAGCCACAAAUAUACUGCGGGCGUGGUUAUUUCAACAUUUAACGCACCCCUACCCUUCGGAAGAUCAAAAGAAGCAGCUAGCACAGGAUACAGGGUUGACUAUUCUACAAGUGAAUAAUUGGUUUAUCAACGCGAGACGUAGGAUAGUGCAGCCAAUGAUAGAUCAGUCAAAUAGAGCAGUAUUCUACCCCGCAGUAUUCCCUCACGCGGGUCCCAGUGGCGCGUACAGUCCCGAGGCGACCAUGGGCUACAUGAUGGACGGCCAGCAGAUGAUGCACCGCCCCCCCACCGACCCUGCCUUCCACCAGGGCUACGCGUAUCCAGCUGAGUACUACGGACACCACCUCUAAUGCUGACUGUAAGCACUUGUACAUAUAUGAAUAACACUGACCAGGAUUCCUGGUCUCGCCACGGCUUCGACGACCGGCCUUUGGGCCCACGUGAUAUAAAGGAGACAUGUACAUACCACGCAUCUUUGUAAUAUUUCAAAACUGUAUACGAUCUCCUAAAUUAAGAAUUAAAGUCAACCCUUAAUAUUUAAAUUAAUGUAUUAUAUUAAAAAGUGACAGUGAAAGUGACUGUUGUUUAUAUACAUAUACGGUGCAAUCGCCAUUAUAAA